UCCGCCACCCCCAGGAUGCGGCGGAGCAAACCGCCACGCAGACGCGGAGGAGGUUCCAGCCGUCUUUGAGCCGCGGUGGCGGUGGCGCGGGGAGCCGGCCGGCCGCCCAGCUCGCCGCGGCGGGGCUGCCCCCGGGGAAGCCCCCGCCGAGUCCCGGCCCGCGGGGGCGGGGCCCGCGGCUCGGCCUCCCAUUGGCUGCCGUCCGCAACCACCUGCCGGCCGGCGGGCGGCGGGGCCGGAGCGGGGACCUGGCGGCGCCCGGCGGGCAGCUCAGGAGCCGGCCUGGCGGGGCUCGGCCGGUGGGUCCCCCUGCUCCUGUGCCUGCUGCAGUCCACUCAAGGGAGGCCCCAUCUGGCUCCUCCUCAGAACGUGACGCUGCUCUCCUGGAACUUCAGUGUGUACCUGACAUGGCUCCCAGGGCCUGGCUACUCCCAGAAUGUGACCUAUUUUGUGGCCUACCAAAGCGCUCCGACCCCCAGACGGUGGCGGAAAGUGAAACAGUGUGCCGGAACCAAAGAGCUGGCCUGUUCUCUGAUGUGCCUGGAGAAACAAGACCUGUACAACAAGUUCAAGGGGCGUGUGUGGGCAGUUUCUACCGGCUCCAGGUCCCCCCCGGUGGAGUCCAAGUACCUGGAUUACCUUUUUGACGUGGAGCCAGCCCCACCCGUCCUGGUAGUCACCCGGAAGGAGGAGAUCCUGAGCAUCAAUGCCACAUAUCAGCUGCCCCACUGCAUGCCCCCACCGGAUCUGAAGUACGAGGUGGAUUUCUGGAAGGAGGGAACAAAGAAUAAGACACGAUUUCCAGCCACUCCCCGUGGCCAGCCAGUCCAGAUCCCCCUGCAGCCAGCCACCAGCGGACCCUACUGCCUCAGUGCCAGAACCAUCUACACCUUUGGUGAUCCUAAGUACAGUGGGUUCUCUAAGCCUACCUGCUUCUUCCUGGGGGCCCCAGGAGCCAACUGGGUAUUCCUGGGGUUGCUGCUGCUUCUGCUUCCACUGCUGUUGGUCAUUGCCAUAGGCCAUGUGAUCUGGAGGAGGUUCACAGACAACCCCUGGUUUCAGCAGGCAAAGAUGCCCUGGGCCCUGGACUUUACUGGACACAGACGCCCCGUGGCAACCUUCCAGCCCUGUGGCCCUGAGUCCCCAGAUGCCUUGAUCCUCUGUCCCCAAAAGGAACUGGCCAGAAGGGUCAGGCCGAGCCCUAGUGUCAGGACCCCAGCCACCGUCCAGGCAGGAUCAGAGGAGGACAGUGCUGAGGAGGAGAAGGACGAUGAGGAGGACACAGAUGACGGUGUCAGCUUCCAGCCCUACAUUGAACCACCGCCCUUCCUGGGGCAGGACCACCGGACCCCGGGGCACUCGGAGGUGGGGGGCACCUGGACUCCUCCCAGCCAGGCCGAAGGCUCCUCGGCUGCGGAUGCUUCAGACAGAAGCGGGGCCAGCACUGGGGGCUCCUCUCCCCGGGAUGAGCCCGGGUCUUGUUGUUUAACCAAGAAGGGACCGGGCCAAGGGCCAGGUGGGGAUGGGUGUCAGGAGCCUCUCCUCCUCCACGAAUUCUCCCAGGACCUGAGUUUCCUGGAAGAUCCCCUGAAAGACAACCUUUCCUCCUGGACCAGCUGCUUUUCAUCACCAGGGCUCAAUCUGGUCCCUGGGGAGCCCCCAGUUUCUCUUCACACACUGACCUUUUGCUGGGACAGCAGCCCUGAGGAGGAAGAGGAGGAGGAGGGGGAAGAAGAAGGAGGAGGAGGGGAGAGGGAAUCAGAAAUCGAGGGUGACGUUACUGGCAACUGGAGGGCUGAGAGCCUCCAGAAGGCUGAAAUCAGAGGCGGGACACUAGGGCAUUACAUGGCCAGGUAAGCUUUCUUCAGCAUCCCUCCAAGUCUAAGCUUUCCAAGGACCCAAGACGCCACCUGGACUUGAGAGCCUGGGCGCAUCCUGCCUGGGUCCAUAGAGGGCUUUUACGGCACUUUAGAAACCCCAGCCGCAGCAGCCAUCCCAUCCUUUGACUCGCCGGCUUCGAGCCGAGCUCUAAGAAGGGUGAGGACAAGAAUGGGCCGAGGUCAGAGGCUGACUGGCUGUCACAUCACCCCACUGCCUUUGGGGUGACGGAGCAGUUAGAGAAAGCAUCCCUGGACAAUGUCAAAGGUCAGGUCACAGUAGACAACCAAGGGCUGACACCACAAGGGACCAUCUGGAUCUGGGGGGAGGGAGGUUUGGAGCACACCUUUAUGAGUGUCAUACCUUUCUCCGGCACCUGCUGAGCUCCCGCCGCCCCUGAGUCUCAGCCUCCUGGUUCAUGAGUCCUCUAGCGUGGGCCUCAGUGAAGAAAAACCCAGUAAGCAGGGGAUAGUCUCUGACUUACGGAAUUAACACAGCUUUUUUUUUUUUUUUUUUUUUUUUUUUUUUUUUUUUUGAGAGAGAGAGAGAAAGGGAGAGAGAGAAUCCCAAGCAGGUUCUGCACGGUCAGCACAGAGUCUGACCCGGGGCUCACACUCACGAGCUGUGAGAUCAUGACCUGAGCUCAAAUCAAGAGUCGGACGCUUAACCAAGGAAGCCAACCGGGCACCCCUCCGCAGCUUUUAUUAUCAGACAGACCUGGCUUCAAAUCCCAGCCGUGCCGUUUACCAGUCACGUGACUUUGACUAGCAGCAUUCACUUUUCUCUGGUCUCCCCUUCGUCUACCUCCUGCCCUCCACCUUCACUUCCUCUCUCCUCCUGGUCAGGAAACCUCACUCUCAGAAGUCCGAGCCCGGCCACCAAGGACCCGGAUCGCUCUCCCCUUGGUUCCCAGAAAAGAACCAAGGGAUCCACCCUCCAAGGGGUCUGAUUUGUUGGGGGUGGGGUAACGACCCGUCAGAGAACUGGACUCCUGGGUCUGUGAUCCCUGUUUUAGACCGCACUUUAGACCUCUGGGUAUAAAGAAGUCCCAUUUUCCCUUCCAAUUAUGAGACUCGGUGUCUCCUGGAAGCAGGUAUGUUAGAAGGUGGCAGAGAGACGGUAAAGUAUCCCCCAAACCGAGAUGGCGCUUUGAGGCCAGGAAACGAAGCAGGCGACUCCGUGCAGUUUUCACAGAGUUUGGUUCAGGGUAAUUUACU